AUGGAUGCAUUUUUGUACGUUUCUCUCCUGCACUUCAAGCGAGUCCACGGCGCUGAGAAGAGAUAUACGUUGCUGGAGAAGAUAGACUCGACUCCUGGACUUGACCCGUCUAAGAUCGGACCUACUGUGAGGCAGAAUAAGGGAUUCACAUAUAACCCCGGCUUACCCUCGUGCAGCGGGAAAGAUAUCACUCCCAUCGAGUAUCCUAACCUUCUUCGACCUCGGAGGACACCGCGUUAUCCAACACGCAAGACCGAGAGAGGCUGGGAAGUCUUUAACUCAGUCCCCCCCUCCCUCGUCGUCGUCAACACACAAGACUCCCCGAAAGCCUCUCAGCAACAGAGAUUAGACAGGAUUAUGAAGAAUGAGAUCAAAGGAGGAGCGUGA